AUACUUUUGUCCGCUCUUCCUUGCCUUUUGCAGCUCUCACAGUCUCACUCACUCACUCAGCUCCAUUGCUCGCCCAGAGCCUCAGCUUAUCUCUUCCCUCUCCUCUUCUCGGAGGCUUGGAGCAGAGGAAUCAAGCAAAACCCAGAAAACCCAGCACCAUAGAUCCUCCAAAACCGCAUUCAAAUGCCGAAACAGAGGCUCAUCACCUUGGCAAACACAUAUCCCUUGUUGUUCUUCUUCUUUCUUCUAACGUCGCAUGUGUUUGUAGUCACUUCCAAAUCAACAAUAGAGCCCUGCUCGAACUCAGAUUCCUGCAAUGCCCUCGUGGGUUACACGCUCUACACUGACCUCAAGGUCUCUGAAGUCGCCACUCUUUUCCAAAUCGAUCCAAUCGCUCUCCUACUAGCCAAUGCCAUCGACAUCUCCUACCCGGACGUCGAGAACCACAUCCUCCCAGCUCGUCUCUUCCUCAAAGUGCCCAUCACCUGCUCUUGCGUGGACGGCAUCCGUAAAUCCGUCGCGACCCGUUAUAAGACUCGGCCUUCCGAUACUCUUGCCAACAUUGCUGAUUCUAUCUAUGCUGGUCUUGUCUCUGCUGACCAGCUCAGGGAAGCCAAUUCGAUAUCGGAUCCGUCGGUGCUUGAUGUGGGGCUCUCGCUUGUUGUUCCCCUUCCCUGUACAUGCUUCAAUGGGACGGAUAACUCACUUCCUGCGGUUUAUCUUUCUUAUGUCGUGAGAACGGUGGAUACAUUGGCGGGAAUUGCUGCUAGGUAUUUGACGACGAUAACGGAUCUUAUGACUGUUAAUGCUAUGGGCAACCCAACAAUUAACGCUGGUGAUAUUGUUUCCGUUCCAUUGCCUGCUUGUGCAUCCAAUUUUCCGAGUUAUUCGUCGGAUUUUGGUUUGAUUGUUCCAAACGGCAGUUAUGCUAUAACAGCAAGUCACUGUGUGCAAUGCAGUUGCGGCCCAGGGAAUCUCAAUUUAUACUGCACACCAGCUCCCCUGGCGGUUUCUUGUUCAAGCAUGCAAUGCGCAAACAGUAACCUCAUGCUUGGGAAUGCUACAAUGCAAGCUACUAGUGGUGGCUGUAAUGUUUCUUCUUGUAGCUAUGGCGGUUUCGUAAAUGGCAGUAUUGUCACAACGUUGUACACUUCUCUUCAGCCUCGUUGCCCAGGGAUGCACCAAUUUCCACCACUCAUAGCCCCACCUACCUCAGCAAUUGAUGGUUCCUUAUUUGUUCCGGCACCUGCACCUACUGAAUCAGGUGGCGUGGGAUCAACAACACCUAAGACAUCUGUGGUACCGCUUAUUGGGUCCCUUCCUGGCUUAGCUCCUGCCAAUGCCCCUGCUGGAAGUACUUCUAGUUCUCCUCUGUUGAUAAGACCAUUGUCAAGUUUUCCAAGUGCAAUCAUUCUAUACCUAUUUAUCAACUUGUUCUUGAUGGCAUUAUAACUUUUCUCUUCAAAUGGGUACUGGAAUGUGGGUUUUUGUUUGUCUCCAGUUGCUACAUUUUAGCUGGCUCACUUUGUUGUAUUUAACUUUAUUUCUAUUUUUCCUUGAUAGAUUUUGUAGUAGUGUUCUAUAGCAUUUUGUAUUAUGCAAUGCAAUUUCUCUGUACUGUCAAAUUUGGGAAGUUGUCCUUUCUGUAAUUUUUACCAAUGAUUUGGAAUAUCAAAGGAUGCAGCCUUUUGCGUCGUUCUGUUCCCUUGA